AUGGAAGGGGACGACGAGACGUAUAUCUUGCUUCUUCUUUCGGACAGCAAUCUACCGACUGGAUCGUUUGUCGCCUCCGCAGGAUUUGAAUCUUACCUCAAGCACGGAUUUCCUGCAGGCUCAAAUUCGAGAUCCAGUGAAACCAGAACAAUUGCAUUUAUUCAAGAUAGUCUGGAAACUUAUGCACGCUCAGCCCUCCCAUUCGUUUCCGAUGCUCAUCGCGCUGUUCACGAAUUCAAGAGAUCCAUCGAUGCGACCAGCGAAGAUACGGACGCGUCUUUGAGCAUGGAAGAGCUUCUGCACUCUCUCAGUACUCUUGACCAACUAUAUCAUGACAUGACAUUGAACCAUCCCGCCAGGCGUGCAUCCACGGCUCAGGGGGUAGCGCUAUUGACAUUAUUCACGAAAGGGUUCUCUGCUCCCCCUUCCUUGAAGGCAAGCCUACAGCCAAACAAACGGGCUAUAUCCAUCAACACCGUCGUAGACAAGUUUAAGACGAUGAUACGCAGAGAAGAGACUCAAGGCCAUCUACCCAUUUGCUGGGGCUUGCUAACAGGGACUCUGAACUUAUCCCUCGAGCGUUCGCAGUACCUGCACCUGUUUCUUCAUGCCCGAAGCCUCCUUUCAGCCUCGGUCAGGCUGAAUGAAGUUGGUCCAUAUGGAGCCCAGCAACUUUUGUUGCACGCUGUCCGGCCACUUGUUGAAGCCGAGACCUCCCGAUGUCGGAAUAAGAAGACUGGAAUUCUGGAUGAAGAAUUUGAUGAGCUGAAUGCUGGCCCCGCAACAACUUGGCCUCUGGGCGAGAUAUUGGCCGGUCGCCAUGAUUUGCAGCAUUCGAGGAUCUUCAAUAGUUAA